GGGGGACCUUGGGGUACGGGAAUUUUCGGAUGUUUUCCUUUCCCACAUGUCAACUGAUGGGACAGACAGUAAGCUUCAAUAUACGUCCGAGGUUAGCCCAUCGCAGGUGAACCCAAUAUUCCAGCUAUCACCGACAGAAAUCUCCGAUCCAACCCUGCACUAUCCCAUUCGAGAGUGCAUAUUGUCUAAGCAGAUCUACCGAGGUCUUUGUUUGAUUAUAAACCAGAAAGACUUCUCACCAGAAACUGGCCAGACAUGUCGCGAGGGCACAGAUAGGGAUGCUGAUCGUGUAGAGCGUCUGUUCAAAAUGCUCGGCUAUAAUGUGCAGCGAUACCUGAAUGUCAAUCGAAAUAAACUGCAUCGUCUACUUCACGACGCUGCUACAUACGACCACAGCCAGUUCGACAGCUUUGUUUGCGUGAUCCUCAGUCAUGGUGAAAACGGGGUCAUCUAUGCUACGGACGGCCCUGUACCCACUGAUGUGGUGAUUGCCAACUUUCGCGGAGACCAAUGCAUUACCCUUACAGGAAAGCCCAAACUGUUUUUCAUCCAAGCUUGUCGUGGGGUUCAGUUUGACAAGGGUGCAGCCAUCCCUCUGGCCACGGACGCAGUCGGUGAUGUGGUGAUCACGAAACUCCCUGUCGAGGCGGACAUUCUGAUAGCCCAUUCCACUGUCCCUGGUUAUUUUGCAUGGCGCAAUUCCGUGGUUGGUAGCUGGUUUAUUCAAGAAUUGUGCAGGAUCUUAGAGGAGGACUACAAAGGAUCCACGGUACAUGACCUAGUCACUCUACUUACCGUGGUCGCACGGUGUGUCGCCUAUCAGUACAGAUCCAACACUGGACAAGCAGGGUCACAUAACAUGUUGCAAAUGACCAACUACUCUUCUACUUUGACGCGCUUAAUGUACCUGACAGUGAAGCCCAAAGACCGAUGAUUAUCGAGAGACGAGCGCGAUCCGAAACCUUUGACACAUCUCUCUGAACGGCUGUCUGAUCAUUUUGUCUACUAUCCUUAAUGACCAGGUGUAUUGUUUUUGCUACUGUUAUUGUUUUAACGAACUUCUCAUCAGUUUUCCGCAUUCCGAACACUUAUUCACAGCAAGCGCCUUACAAAUGUAGUCCUUGUUCUCUACUUGCUCACAAAGUAACUGAAAUCUUUGCUGUGGAUCAUUCAUACAUUGUCACAAUUCAGUGGCUGAUAAUUUAAUCUAAAUGAGGUGUUCUCAGUACGACUUAUGGUAUCGAUAGCUGUUGGCG